AUGAAUGAAAAAUGUGAAAACGACACCUUACCAACCCAUUUCAAACUCUUGGCAUUUCCCAGCUUUGCUGAUAUGAAGGUUUUACUGUCUGUUGGGGUUUUGGUGAUGUAUUUGUUGGCAGUGCUGGGUAAUUUGAUUAUUAUUGCCCUUAUCUGUUUGGUACAGCAGCUGCACACGCCCAUGUACUUCUUCUUGUGCAACUUAGCAUUUCAGGAUAUUGUUUAUAUCAGUGCUAUACAACCAAAGCUGAUGGCCAUCACUAUAACAGGAGAUCACAGUAUAUCUUUUCCAGGCUGUAUCUCACAGAUAUUUCUGUUUAUUUUCUGUUUAGAUGCAGAGUUUUUCCUACUGACCACAAUGGCUUAUGAUCGCUAUGUAGCCAUUUGUGUUCCACUGCAUUAUUCUGUCAUCAUGAAUAAAAGUAUUUGUGUCUUAUUGGCCACUGUAGUUUGGCUAUUGGCUGGUAUAAAUGCAAUGGUUCACUCUUUGUUGAUAUCACAUUUAUCUUUCUGCAAAUCCCAUGAACUCAAUCAUUUCUUCUGUGAGUUGAAAACCAUGCUUUCUCUUUCCUGUUGUGACAUCACGAACAAUCUAAUUAUAAUAUUUGUUGAAGGUAUUUUAAUUGGAUUAUUUCCAUUUUUCCUCAUACUUACAUCUUAUAUAUUUAUCAUAUCAGCUGUUUUAAAGAUUCCAUAUUCAGCAGGACAGAUCAAGGCCUUCUCCAGAUGUUCAUCACACCUUAUAGUUGUAAUAUUACUGUAUGGGACAUCUCUCAGCUUCUACAUGAAACCAGAAUCUGAACACUCCCAGGAGCAAGACAAAGUUCUCUCUAUGGUGUAUGUGGCAGUGGUUCCAAUGCUAAAUCCACUAGUUUACAGCUUGAGAAACAAAGAAGUUCUGAAAGCUUUAAGAAAAGUAACUGGAUAA